CGUCCGUUCGGCUGCCAUGAAUGCUCUGACAUGUCCGCUAUCCUGUCAAAUAGCAAAGUCAAAGGUCAUUCGUUCGCGAGCCUUCCGGAAGUAGAUUUACCUUGUGAUUUUGAGGACACCGACGGGGAGGAGACCAGAGACGUGAUAGAGAAAGCGGAAGCACGUGCCAGAGCUCGUCAGCGGAGAGGAGGUUCUAAAAUUUUGAAAGGUACCAACAAGCAAUUCGCCGAGGCACUUCACCAGGAGGCGGACAGCUUGCAUCAUAAUGGGAACUACGAGACAGCCUUGAUACUGUACCACAGAGCAGCUCGUGCCUAUCCCCGUGACAUUAGCCACGCGGUGGCAGCACAAAGAACAUCGGCAGCCAUAACCUCAGCCACGAACCCAUCGAGAGCCUUGAAGAGUCUCUUACCCAAAGUCAGAAACGGAUCUGAACUCGCGGCUGUUCUCUGUCCAGAAUCCGCAGCAUUGAGAGCCUUGACUAUCCUGAGGGAAUCCCCGAAUCCUUCGUCGAUCGUAUCCCAGAUAUUCCAGUAUUUCGAUUAUCGUAAGGAUUUCUGGAGGAUGCCGACGGAGUCCGACAGGGAGUUACCUGUGAAGCUGGCGCGCUCCAGGAUAAUGCUGAGGCAGCUUACCAGCCUUGCCAGCCUGUCCUCCAAGAAUCUGGAGGCUUCCUUCCGUGCGGGCAAUGUAAACGCGACCUUGAGAAUAGGAGAAGAAUUACUCGUGCUAGCUGCUGCUCUAGAGAAUCCUCAUAGACACAGAGUGACGGCUCAUAGGUGCAUCGCCCUGACUUAUAUAUCCAUGGGACGUCACGAUCGUGCCAUUGGCCAGGUGUCCAGGAUGAUUUACUCGGCGAAGAUGUCCGGAGACAUCAUCCUCAGGGCACAGUCAUUCGUUACCUUGGGUAAGGUUCACCUGGCCUUUGGACACCUGGACGCGGUGGCUCGUGCCUGGGAGAGACUCGUUCACGAUAUCCAGGAGUCCCUUCCCAGAGCGUGGCUUCAGCACGAGAUAGGACGGUGUUACCUGGAAAUGGGAAGACAUAAUGAAGCUUUCUUAGUGUCUCGCGAAUGUUUGAAAUCGGCACGUGCGUCGAAUUCCAAAAAAUGGUUGCUCCAUGGUAAACUAUUAUGCGGCCAGGCUCUAAUCAAGCUGGGAAGGUUUGCCGAGGCUCUGGAAGUCCUGAGGGUGUCCGCGAGGAUCACCGAGGAGGAGGGUGACACGCCGACGUUGUCUUACAUCCGAGAUCUUAUUAGUCGGGUGUCGUCUGCACUGAGAAGUCUGGCGGGUCAACGGCGCAACGGAAGCCGCGAACGCCUCAGGAAGUUGCGCAGGAGGAGCAACGUUGAGAGGGAAAAUCAAUUCCUGGCAGUAACAGAAGAAAAGUCGAGCUCUUCACGGAAGAGUAAACUGUCCUCGCGAUUUCGAGAGAGCCUGGAUAUUUCAACUGACUUUCGUGCAGCCAAAGGAUUGGUUUGCUCGAGGGAGAAAGUAGAAAGGGAAGAGGUCGAAUGCUCGUCUUUACCAAUGAGAACGAAGCUGCCUACCGAAGCGAGAGUCUCAAAGGGAAGCUUCAUGAACGAAACGAAGGAUCUCGAAGCUUCUAGAAGCAUUUCCGAACAAUCCAUAUCGUCCACUCAGCUAAGUCCAAUCAGUGAAGAUCCAUAUCAUCCAGACACCGGCAGGACUCGGAUCCUUCGAAGAGAAGCAGACAGUCCUGAUACGUCAGAUAGUAAAUAUACAGGAAAAACUUACGUGGUAGAUUCAUGUGAAAAAGACUGCUCAUUUUCAAAAAUCGAUCGCAGCGCCACGCCGGAGACGUUUAUGCUGAAACAUAACCUAAAUUCAUACCGAAGUACAAUCCCAGACUUGAAGCUGGUAAAUGGAUUUAGUAAUACUGUCUCGUCACCAGAAUCCUUCAGGAGCCAAGAUACACGAAGGACUUUCACAGUAGCCCACUCUCCGAAUCCUGAUUCCACUUUGAAUAUCGACGAAUCCUACGAAUCGAGUACGACCGGAGGAUGCACCAAGAUGCAUCGAGAAUUCAAAUCUGGCGUACCUAGCAAAGAGGUAGAAGAAGUACAGGACUCCUUCCAGAUAAGGAAUCGUACCGUGAGCGACAAUGAAUGCGAAACUGUGCAAAGUUACGAGAAGGGAGAACUCCUAGUCGAUACGGCACUGGGUGAAUUAGUUCCGACGGAGAAAACUUGUCGUACGGAAACUCCGCACAGCUUGUAUCGACAUUCUCUACCAACGGAUUUCAAUAGAGAGGAUUUAAACGAGAAUGCAGCAGCUUGCCAAGGAUUCACCACAAUCUUCGGACCACUUUAGACGGGAAUUUAAACGCGCACGUCCAACGUAUUUUUACGUCGUUAGGUGACUGCAUUGUUCAAAAGAAACCUUAGCAUGACCAGCGUAGUCCCCAGCCAAAACAACAUUUGAAUCAGGCGUCAUUGUCAAAGGAAUUACAUCGUAUGCGUGCCUCACUAAAUUAUUGAUAAAUAAUAUAUAAUUUUUAUUUACGUAUACCUUACUUUUAUAUCUUUAUUAUAUAAGCUGUACUAUCGUU